AUGGAUGCCUUUAAACGUUUGCCUAUGGCGAGGAGAGGAACUGGAUCUACGGGAAAGAGCAUAGAGCUUCUUGCUAACCAUUUUAGACUUGAUAUGGGGAGGAACAAAGGCUACUUCUUCCAUUAUGAUGUGUUUUUCCCCUUUCUUCUUUCCUUUUACCAUAUCUUUUGUGUUGCCUUGCGUAAUGAAGAUGGGAAAUCAGUUCAAGCCAAGGGCAUAGGGAGAAAAGUCCUAGAUGAGGUUUGGAGAACAUGUACUGAACUGGCAGAGUUUAGUUUUGCAUAUGACGGUGACCAAAGUUUAUUCACUCUUCAUCCUCUACCAUGUGAGAAGCAACAAUAUACUGUUGAGUUAAAGCAAACUUUAUCAAGGAGGGUUGGAAGCCCCGAUAAGCGUCUUAAUGGAGGAAAUAUAAAAAUUCACAAUUCGGAUAUCAACUACGAGACCACAAUUCCGUUGCGAGCUAUUGAGAAUACAAUGGAUGAUCAGGCUUCUGGAAACUCUUCGGAAGCACAUGAUGUUCCAAACAACAUUCAGAGACAGCAUGCUGCAACAAUACCACGAUCUCGGUUGAAAGUUAUCACUGUGGAUAUCAACUAUGUAGCCAAAAUUCCAUUGCAGGAAAUUGCAAAUGCAUUGAGUGGUCAGAAUUCUGGGAAGUUUCAAGAAGCACUGAGGGUUCUAAACAUGGUGCUAAGACAGCAUGAUGCAGAAAGGGGAUGCCUCUUUGUUCGCCAUUCCUUCUUUCAAAGCAAUGAGAUAAAUUGUAUGGAUAUUGGUGGUGGUGUGCUAGCCUGCGGUGGUUUCCGCUCGAGCUUUCGAUCCACACAACGAGGAUUAUCUCUCAACGUUGAUGUUUCGAAUACUAUGAUUGUAAAGCCUGGACCUGUGGUGGACUUCCUUCUCCAGAAUCAGAAUGUUGGGAACAUUAAAAACAUUAACUGGACAAAGGCAAAAAAGAUUGCUUAA